AUGGACGAGGACAUCCCAACCCUGAAACCCAGACGCAUCCAGAAUCAGAAUGUCGUCCAUCGCCUCGAGAGGCGUCGGAUAUGCUCCGGCCGACCUGGCGCUCACUGGUACAGGGUGCGCUGCUUCCACCAAAACUUGUUCCCUAACUUCACCGUGGUCAACGUGGAGAAGCCGCCCUGCUUCCUGAGGAAGUUCUCACCGGAUGGACGCUGCUUCAUUGCCUUCUCAUCUGACCAGACAUCUCUGGAGAUCUAUGAAUACCAGGGCUGCCAGGCUGCUCAGGACCUGCUGAGGGGUCAGGAGGGAGAAACUCUGCUAACAGCCAAUGACCAGCGCUUGCUCAACAUCCGAGGCCGCUUGUUUGAGCGCUUCUUUUCUUUACUCCAUGUCACCAAUGUGGCCUCAAAUGGAGAACACCUCAACCGGGAGUGCAGCCUCUUCACAGAUGACUGCCGCUACGUUAUCGUCGGGUCGGCUGUGUACGUUCCCGAGGAGCCGCCACCAUACUUCUUUGAGGUGUAUCGCAACAACGAAUCUGUGACCCCGAAUCCUCGAUCCCCUCUGGAAGACUACUCUCUCCACAUCAUCGACCUCCACACCGGCAGGCUGUGCGACACCAGGUCUUUUAAGUGCGACAAGAUCAUCUUGUCACACAACCAGGGUCUCUACCUCUACAGGAACAUCCUGGCUGUGCUGUCAGUGCAGCAGCAGACAAUUCAUGUGUUUCAGGUGACUGCAGACGGGACGUUUCUGGACGUUCGGACAAUCGGACGGUUUUGCUAUGAGGACGACCUUUUAACCCUCUCGGCGGUUUACACGGAGGCCCAAGCGGAGAGCCAGCCCGGCUUCCCCCGCCUCUACACCGACAAAACCAUCAACUCCCUAAAGCACAGGCUGCUGGUCUACCUGUGGAGGAGGGCUGAGCAGGAUGGCAGCGCCACCGCCAAGAGGAGGUUCUUCCAGUUUUUUGAUCAGCUGAGGAGGCUGAGGAUGUGGAAGAUGCAGCUGCUUGAUGAGCAUCACCUCUUCAUUAAAUACACCAGCGAAGACGUGGUCACACUCAGAGUGACCGACCCCUCACAGCCGUCGUUCUUCGUGGUCUACAACAUGGUGUCCACCGAGGUGCUGGCCGUCUUCGAGAACACCUCCGACCAGCUGCUGGAGCUCUUUGAGAAUUUCUGCGACCUGUUCCGAAACGCCACGCUGCACAGCCAGGCGGUGCAGUUCCCCUGCUCCGCCUCGUCCAAUAACUACGCCCGGCAGGUCCAGAGAAGGUUUAAGGACACCAUAGUGAACGCUAAAUACGGAGGCCACACGGAGGCGGUGCGUCGGCUGCUGGGCCAGCUGCCCAUCAGCGCCCAGUCCUACAGCAGCAGCCCCUACCUCGACCUCUCCCUCUUCAGCUACGACGACAAGUGGGUGUCUGUGAUGGAGAGACCCAAGACCUGCGGGGACCACCCCAUCAGGUUUUACGCUCGCGACUCCGGCCUGCUGAAGUUUAAGAUCCAGGCGGGCCUGCUGGGGAGGCCGGUCAACCACGCCGUGCGCCGCCUGGUGGCCUUCACCUUCCACCCCUUCGAGCCCUUCGCCAUCUCCGUCCAGCGCACCAACGCCGAGUACGUGGUCAACUUCCACAUGCGGCACGUGUGUGCGUGAGGAGCCAGUCAGGACGUGAAGCAGGCCCCUCCGGCCCCUCCGGCCCCUCCGGCCCGUCCGGCGUCUGGGAACAAUACGGGAACCAGCCGAGAGGCACAAAACACUUAGUUCCCUCCGAGGCCGUCUUCUUCCCCAGGUGGAGAGCAGCGCUCCGCUCGUGGUCUCUCUGCGCCGCCAUCACGCCGGUUUCCUCCUCCCCCUCAGCCAUGCGGCAGCUAAUCUGUCCUUUCCUCUGGCCUCCUCUCUCCUCCGCCGAACAAAGAGUCCUGCAGGGAGGAGAGGCUGGAAUAAGUGUAAAUGGAGAUGUGGAGAGAGUGAUUGAUGUGCGACAGAGGUGGGAGCCACAGGUAGCCGGAUCUCUUCCAAGGAACCAAAGGUGAUUUCUUUUUUCUUUUCUUUUUUUUUCUUUUUUUCCUGCCGUGCACAUUCUUAUCUGAAUUGCUUAUUCAAUUGGUCUGCGACCAAACAGAUCCUGCAAACUUUCUCUUUCUCGCAUGGAUGUGGAGAAAGGUCAUUUUAUAUAGUUCUUACUCUUUAUUGUCUAUUUUCAUUUUUUAGUUGUAUAUAUUUUAGGAAAAUAAAACCAUUAAACAUUUGCACACUGUUUUCAUUUUUAUAUAUUUAGCUUUUAUUCAUACACAGAAUUAGAAUUUCAUUGAAAGGUCCAUUGUUUUGCCAGUUCUACAAUCAUCAUAUAUAAGCUAAAAUUUGAUUUUAAUGGCCUAGUUAUGGAAAAACAUCUGAUUUGAUGGGAGAUAAAAUUAUCAAGAAUAAACCAAAAGUUGUUUCAGUAUUUGCGUUUACUUGUAACAAACCUAAAGUGAAUGGAAGUGUCUCGAUGUGAAGCCAAUUUUGUGAGAAAAUUUUGUAUUCUGUGUUGUAUUUGGCACAAAAUAAAUAAAA